ACAAAUCUUAUGGUUAUCUCCGCCGUCCGAUCUAAGGAGGAUGAUUUUAAUUUUAUAGUUUUUAUCGUGCAGCGAUCACAGAUUCAAGCCGCUGCAGAAAUACACCGAUGUUUUAACUUUUUUAACAGAUACAAAAUCUGUUCCUGUUCCUUCCUCCGGGGAAAUGCGCGUGUGAGUGGGUGUGUCGAGCGAGUUUAAACUUUAUGAUGAGUUAAAGUUUGAUCAUGGCCGUGUGGACCCGCGCGGAGAAACAGGGUCAUCUGGACCUUCUGCUGAGUGACCGCUGGGUCCGGGUCACCGCGGAGCUCACGCGGGACACGCUCACCCUGACGGCGGAGGGCGAACCCGGCGGGCCCGCGGGAUACUCGGAGCACAGCUCUCAGUUAAGAAAUGGCGUUUCCAGUGGCAACGAACAGAACCGAGAUGUUUAUCAGAGUCGCAGGCAAUACGACAGCCAACGGGUCAACGGGUCCGACUCGGAGUCCAGCGGUUGUUGUGACCCGGAUGGGGUUCGGAGGGUUCGGAUAGUCAAGCAGGAGUCCGGCGGGCUGGGGAUCAGUAUUAAAGGGGGACGGGAGAACCGUAUGCCCAUCCUCAUAUCGAAGAUCUUUCCCGGUUUAGCGGCGGAUCAGAGUCGAGCCCUGCGGGUAGGCGACGCGAUCCUGUCCGUCAACGGCAGCGACCUCCGCGACGCCACGCACGACGCGGCGGUGCAGGCGCUGAAGAAGGCGGGGAAGGAGGUGACGCUGGAGGUGAAGUACAUCCGGGAGGUGUCUCCGCUCUUUAAGAAGUCCUCUGUGAGUGCGGAUCUGCCUUGGGAUGGGCGUCUUCAGUCCCCAAACCUCAGCAGCAGCGACGAGUCGCCCAAGAGCAGUGUAAGUCGUGACAGGAAGGUCAUCCCACUCAAAAUGAGCUUCAUCAGCCGAAACCUCACCAUGCCUGACCUGGAAAACAGGCUGCUGGAGCUUCACUCUCCGGACGGCCAGCACACCGUGGUGCUGCGGUGUAAAGACGGGGCCUCUGCUCACUCCUGGUUCACAGCCAUUCACACAAAUGUUGCUGCCCUGUUGCCACAGACCAUGGACCACAUCAACUCUUUCUUGAGCAACCCCAGCGCCAACACACACUGCACACUCAAACACAUCGGCUGGACACAAAAACAGCUGGAGCUGGAUGGUGGGCGGCAUCAGUACAGACGAGUGGUCAUGGCGCUCACAGAGAAAGACCUCCUGCUGUUCCAGUCAGUGCCGUGGACGCAUGAGAGCUGGACCUCUCCUCUCCUGACACACCCGCUGCUCGCUACACGGCUGGUUCACUCGGGCAGCGUCCGCAGCUCACCGGCUCUGGGUGGAGAUCUGGUGUUCGCCACACGAACAGGCACCGGCCGAGGCAUCGAGUCUCACGUGUUUCGUGUGGAGACACACUGGGAUCUGUCCACAUGGACACGUGCGCUGGUGCAGGGCGGACAUCUGGCUGCUGAGCUCAUCAAAGAGGUUUCCAUAGGCUGUGUGUUGAACAGACAGGACGUGCGUCUGAUCCUGCACUAUGACAGAGGGUUCACGGUGAAGCGGGAAUCUGGCGAAUCCGUGCUCUUUCACUUCCCCUACGAGCGGCUCAGGAUGUCUGCAGACGAUGGAGUCAGGAACCUCUACCUGGACUUUGGUGCUCCAGAGGGAGAGAUGGUGUUUGAGCUUCACUCGGGGCCGAAGCCUGUGGUCUUCGUGCUUCAUUCGUUCCUCUCAGCCAAACUGGCUCGUUUGGGACUGCUCUCGUAGAAUCAACAGGAAACGAUGGAGGUUCAUUUAUUUCAUUGAUUUAUUGACGGCUAGUAUUUUACCCAAGCAGUGUUUUCAUGGUUUACUUCUCUUCUAGCCAACACAUUUGUUGUGUGGCUUUCUAAAGCAGAAAACUAUCCCAGUUUCCUCUGAUCAGGAACGCCAGAUGUGCCUUCUCAUCUAGAGCCAGCAAGCUUUUACACUCACUUUCAGGCUUAAGGUCACCGUAAAGCUUCGCAGAGUAACCAAAAUGAACACAUUAUUCUUGUAUUAUCUGUGUUGUUUGUUUUUCACCUAACUCACCUGUAUUUAUGUUUAUAUGUAUCGCAUGGCGAAGACUGUUACAUCUGUGUGUUAUAAUCUGAAUGAAUGUGUGUCAUUUCAAUGCAUAUAUAUAUGGAGAAAAUGAAGCUUUAAAUACAUUCCCUCACGACUGACCAAAAUAACCUCCUUAAAGUUAAAACUCUAGAAGGUGUUGAAUAGGACUGAUUCAGUUUAACUAAUAUUUGAAAAAAAUAUAAAGUAUAGGAAUGUUUUAUUAGCUUAUCUAUUCUCUACAUGUCUUAAGAAAUACUUCUUCCACAUUUAUGACAAAACCUGCUCCAGGCCUUGAUUUAUUUAUUUAUUUUUUCCCCUGCUGUAGUACAUUAAUGCUCAUUAGAUGAGUGUUGAGUCCUUAUUACAGGCUUCAUAAAAACCUGGAAAGAUCAGGGGAUUUUAAAAUUCAGUUUUCCAGGAUUGGAAAUGUGAAGGAAAUUAAUGAAACCUUUUUAUUAUUAAAUAAAUCAUGGGGAAAAAGGCCUAUUUCUAUAGUCAGUAUAUAUUUUCUAGUUAUGUUUAGCUCUGAAGAACUUUGCUUUUUGUGAGUACAAUCUUUAUAAAAUGGCUUUUAAUAAUCCUAAUCCAGUUAUCAGACAAGAAGUUUGAGAUUAACUGGUCACAACAUGUGGGGACCAUCAGGUUUUUAGCACUGGUAUGUGGUUUGUCAUGGUGUGUAUGUUUUAUGUUUAUCAAUAUAAUAUCAUUAUAUAUUCUUUAUUAUCUUAUUAUAUAAUGCAUGUAAUGCAAGCUGAGUUUGAGCAUGCGAUCUUCUAUAUCAUUAACCCAUGGCUUCAGUCACAGGUGCUGUAGUUUAGUGUAGUUUAGGAGAUUUUCAGUACUGAAGACAUUCCCUCAUAAGUAUACUGCAUUAGGCAACAUGCACAGCGGAGGCAGCAUGUUCUAGUAGAAUAAAAUAUGACAAUAUAUGGAGCUAAUGAUGUUUUUAAAAUGAGUUGAGCAGUAUUUCUUCAUAACCGUUGCUCAAGAUGAACAGAAGCAAUAUUUCUAUAAUAUGACUUUAUUUUAGCAUAAGGCUCACUCCACAAAUGUAUCUGCACAAGGACCACACGUACAACCUCUUUGAUGCUUUAAGUGCUCUUAAACUUUUAUAAUCUAUUGUACAUACUAAUAUCAUAAAUAUUUCAAAUCAGAGGAAAACACGUUUUUACUCAUGUGGAAACCUUCCUUGUUUCUUCUGAAGUGUCCAUUAAAUGACAGGUGUGAUGCUUUCGGCUGUAUUUAUUGAUUAUUCUUUGAGUUUGGUGAUCAGUCAUAAUUUUGGAUAUUAUGUUCUGUCGCAUUAUUUCCAUUUAUGUCGUGACAUCAGACCGCUUAUUGAGGACCCACUGCAUUGUCUUAACUAUGAAACUUUGAAAUGAAACGUUGCUGUCAAGCGAUUAAUCGCGAUUAGUCACAUCCAAAAUAAACGUUUUUGUUUACAUAAUGCAUGUGUGUAUACUGUCUAUAUAAAUAGACACACAUGCAUGUAUAUAUUUCAGAAAAGUGUUAUGUUUAUAUCUUAAAUAUAUUUAUAUAUAAAUAUAUACAUGUAAAUACUGUACAUGUAAAUAUUUUCAAAAUAUAUAUUGUAUGUGUGUGUAUUUAUAUAAUGUACACAGCACACAUAUGUAAACAAAAAGUGUUAUUUCGGAAGCGAUUAAUCGUCUGACAGCACUGUUAAACACACCUGGCCAGGUUUACAGAUUGCACAGGUGAGGUGUUUGGAGCUGUCGUCAGCCUCAGACUCUGAAUGUACUUUAUAAACCCAUAUAGAUGCAUGCCACAGUUUCAGUAUUUGUUCAGCGCCUUUAGUUAAUAGUUUGAUUUUUCUUUAUUUUGAAGAGAUAAGGUUUGAACCAAAGUUCACUUGUGGCAGCUUGCAGCACACAAUCAAAUGCAAAAAAAUGCUUAUUUGUUGUACAUGUAUUAUAACUCCCAAAGCCUGUAACCUGAAGCUAUGCAUUAUGUCUUUAUGUAUAUGUCAUAUAAAUAAAAACAUGUAAAUUAAA